AUGGAAAUCUUGCACGUCUCGGGUCAACCCUUUAGUGAUACAACUAUUGAGGCUUAUCAGUAUCACACUUAUCAACCAUAUACAUCAAAUUUAAACUACAAUGAUGAAAUCAGAAUAAAUAUUCAAGAUCUAGAUGCUUAUACUUUACCAUGUAACAGUUACAUAUACAUAGAAGGAAAAAUGUUAACUGAUGACAAUAAAGUUCCUACAAAAUUUCAAUUUAUUAAUAACGGUAUUUCAUAUUUAUUUAGAGAAUUGAGGUAUGAGUUAAAUGGUGUUACAAUUGAUUCCGUACGAAAUAUUGGUUUAAUUUCAACUUUGAAAAACUACUUGUCGCUUAAUGAAAAUCAGAGUAAACUCUUACAAAAUGCUGGUUGGUUUCCAAAAGAAGAUAAGUUGAAGAUUGAUACGCAUGGUAAUUUUAAUGUAUGCAUACCAUUAAAAAUUUGGUCUGGCUUCUUUGAAGAUUUUCAAAAAAUUAUCAUUAAUAUGAGACAGGAAUUAGUCUUGAUACGAGAAAAAGAUGAUAUUGAUGCUAUUAUUGCUACAGAUGAAACAGAAACACCAAAAAUUGAAAUUAAUAAACUUUAUUGGAAUGUACCUCAUAUUUUACCUAAUAUUAGCGAACAAUUGCGGCUAAACAAAAUAGUUCGUAGUAAUACGGAACUACCCAUAAAAUUUAGACUCAACAGCCUGGAAGACAAACUGGCGGACAUGAUGGAUGCCAUCAAAGCAUUAGCCAUCCACCAAGCCACGAGAGUAAGCGAACCAGCUGUACCGCGACCACAACAACCCAGAUGGAGGCCAGCGCUAGUAAGAUUCGCGGGCAGCGAGUACGAAAUCCCCGAAGAAUUCCAUGUUACAGCCCUCGAAUACCUAAUAAGUAUAGGUAUAGAAGAGGCCUAA